CAGGUGGCAUAAAAAUAAUAACAACUGUUCACACAUGGAUUUAAUUGUUGAGCACAAAAUACCUGCUGAUGAUUUUUUCUUUAUAAAAAUACAAAUUGAACGGGAACGAAUCAUUCUUAAACUCGCAUCUUAAUUAAAAUGAAGCACGCAAUCCUUAUUGUCUUUAUCUUUGGAACCCUCCAUCUAAGUGGGGCGCAAAUAAGGGACUGCUCCAAUUCAUGCAUGUUACGUGCACGAUGCUCACCUUAUUACAAAGACCUUGUUUGGACCGUUAUCGACGGGGUUUGUCGAGUCUACCAGAAUGGUUGCAUUUUCGGAAACGAAAAUUGUAUGAGAGCUAACCAAUGCCUUCCACCUUUGAUAAGUACUACACGAGAGCACUGUAUGUCUUUCUGCCCAAGGAUGUGUUCUCGUGGGGCCCCGCAAGUUUGUGGAUGGUUUCCCCAUACAAAUAGCAAUGGAACCACUGGCGGACGUGAAAUAACAUUCAGAAGUCGUUGUCUUUUGGAUCUUUACGCAUGCCAGAAUGCUGAGGCCUAUGUCAACGAGCCAAGAAUUGGACCUUGUCCUUAACCACGCC